AUGCCCCUGCAGCAGCGACAGUGGCUUGAUAUGCCUGAUUCUUUGCUCAAGAAAGGUGGCUGCAUUGCGGCCAUCGGCGUGCCGACACCUGAGCGGCCAAAGUGCGGCCGCGGGGGUUUGGCCGCGCCGCGCUUUGACAGGCGAGACGACUAUGUGCCAAAGCAGUAUCUGGACUGGGCCAAAAAACUACAGGCAGAAGCCCCCGUGGCGUUGGACGCCGAAAGUGCGAAACGCUGCGUCGCCAAAGAGUUAGGGCUAGGUCGAGUUGAAGAAGCCUUCAAGGAUUGGAGCAGCAAGCCUAUUGGCUCUGCUUCAAUUGGGCAGGUAUACAAAGCCCGACUUCGGUCCACAGGUGAAGAUGUCGCUAUCAAGGUGCAGAUGCCCGGAGCGGAACGGCUCUUUAGGGUGGACAUCCGCACGCUGAAGAUUUUUACCAGACUUGCUUUUCCCUGGGCGGUUGACCAUAUCAGCGAGCUGGAAAAAAUGUUUGAAUCCGAGUUUGAUUACACCUUAGAGCGGGAGAACAUGGAGAAGGUCCGCACCAAUGUGGCGCAACGCUGGGGUGAUCGUGUCAUCAUUCCAAAGACCUUCCCAGAGCUUUGUACCAGAAGAGUCCUUUGUAUGCAAUUCCUCGACGGGGAGAAGCUGGUCGACGGCAUGCUGCGGCGCGUCCGCAGUGCUGCGAUGCAAGCAGGCCGCGACCCGGAUGAGUUCCUAUCGCAUCACCUGGAAGCAUUACGCACGGGCAAGCUCAUGCCGCGCACCGCGCGCUCUGCCCGCUGGCGUGCGAGUGUUUGGAAGAUGAUGCAACGCGUGCGUGGAGCAGAUGAUAUCAAUUUGCCGGCGCUGAUGGAGCAGCUCAUGCGGAUCCACGGAGAACAAGUCUUUGUGGAUGGGCUUUUCAAUGCUGAUCCCCACCCCGGCAAUGUCAUGCUGCUCCAUGGCGCGCAGAGCGAUGGAGUUGGCUUGAUCGACUUCGGUCAAGUCAAGGAGUUGUCCCUGGACUUCCGGGUGCAACUGGCCAAGCUGAUCAUCGCCUUGUCUCGCCGCGAUGAGGCCGAAGUUGUGCGAUUGGACAAGGAGAUGGGCAGUCGCACCCAGCUGGGCAAGGCUGACGUGAGGUAUCGGGUGGUGACCUUCUGGUUGGACCGGGACACGGAUGACGUCACCAGCGGCCAAUCCUUCCACGACUUUCUGGCCUGGGCCGAAGAGGAAGAUCCCCUGGUGGAGAUGCCAAGGGAUCUGCAUUUGGUCAUGAGAUGUUCCUGUAUGAUCCGAAACCUGGCCCUGAGCUUCGGCAUUCGUCUCUCCACCUCGGACUACUGGAAACCCGAAGCCGAAGCCUUGCUCAGGAAACAUGGCGUCGAGUACUGA